AUGGAGGAUGCAGCAGCAGCCUCCACUUCCUAUUCGGGUCACUGCUCGUCUUCGUCUGGGGCGGAGCGCGGGCCUUGUUACCAGUUUGGGUUACGACAGACCCCAGUCUGCGAUGUCCCGCGUUCUUCCUCAGACGAUUGGCCGCUUCGGCCUCGGAAAGGUCAGGCCACGAGCAGCGUGUUUACCCCUGCGUUCCUCUCAAGGAGAACUGAAGAUUCAUGCUUUGGAGACAAGAGUUCUUACUCGGAAAACAUUAGCACGGUGAAUUUGACAAGUCCUUCAACUAGAGGACGGGCAGGAAAAACACCUCUCUCUUCUAAUAGAGCAGGAUGUAAAAACUGGACACCUUUCGCAGGAUAUUCAGUUGCAUCAUCUUCGUCAGUAUCAGUUCAUAAUGCUGCAUCUGUUAUUGUAGCUGUAAUAGAAGGGAGAGGUCUUGCCAGAGGCGAAGUGGGAAUGGCAAGUAUUGACUUAAAAAAUCCCGAAGUUGUGCUAUCUCAAUUUGCAGACAAUACAACAUAUGCCAAGGUUAUCACAAAACUCAGAAUUUUAACUCCCUUAGAAAUAAUAAUGUCAAACACUGCAUAUGAUGCAGGAAAUGCAACAAAAUUGUUCAGCUUGAUAACUGAAAAUUUCAAGAAUGUGACUUUUACUACAGUCCAAAGAAAAUACUUCAAUGAAACUAAAGGCUUGGAAUAUAUUGAACAAUUAUGUAUCCCAGAAUUCAGCACUGUCCUCAUGGAAGUUCAGUCUAAGUAUUACUGCCUGGCAGCUGUUGCAGCUGUGCUGAAGUAUGUUGAAUUUAUUCAAAAUUCAGUUUAUGCUCCUAAGUCACUUAAGAUUCGUUUUCAUGGAAGUGAGCAAACAGCAAUGAUUGAUUCAACAUCAGCCUUAAAUCUUGAAUUAAUAACUAACAACAGAGAUCCUAGGAAUGGCCACUCUCUCUUAGGAGUUCUAAGUUAUACUAAAACACCAGGUGGAAGCCGAAGACUUAGGUCAAAUAUUCUUGAGCCUCUUAUUGAUGUUGAUACCAUUAACACCAGAUUGGAUUCUGUCCAAGAGCUCCUCCAGGAUGAGGAACUCUUUUUUGGUCUUCAGUCAGUUAUUUCAAGAUUUCUGGACACUGAACAGUUACUUUCAGUUCUAGUUCAAAUUCCAAAACAGGAUACGGUUAAUGCAUCUGAAUCAAAAAUAACAAAUUUAAUCUAUCUGAAGCAUACUUUGGAACUUGUAGAGCCUCUGAAGGAUGCGCUAAAAAACUGCACAACACCAUUAUUAAAAGCUUAUUAUAGUUCUCUGGAAGACAACAGGUUCGGCAUCAUUCUUGAAAAGAUUAAAACUGUCAUUAAUGAUGAUACAAGAUAUACAAAGGGGUGCUUGAAUAUGAGAACUCAGAAGUGCUAUGCAGUGAAGCCUAAUAUCAAUGAAUUUCUUGACAUAGCACGAAGAACAUAUACAGAAAUUGUGGAUGAUAUAGCAGGAAUGAUAACACAGCUUGCAGAAAAAUAUAACCUUCCUUUGAAAACAAGUUUUAGUUCAGCUCGGGGAUUUUUUAUUCAGAUGAAUGCUGACUGCCCAGCAAUACUCAAUGGUCAGCUUCCUGCAGAAUUUACAAAGAUUACUAAAGUGAAAAACAUAUAUAGCUUUACUUCACCAGAUUUAAUGAAAAUGAAUGAAAGAUGUCAGGAGUCCUUGAGAGAAAUUUAUCACAUGACCUACUUGAUAGUGUGUAAACUACUGAGUGAAAUCUAUGAGCAUAUUCAUUGCCUCUUCAAACUGUCUGACACUGUGUCUAUGCUAGAUAUGUUGCAGUCAUUUGCCCAUGCAUGCACACUUUCUGAUUAUGUGCGCCCAGAAUUUACUGACACUUUAGCAGUAAAGCAAGGGUGGCAUCCUGUUCUAGAAAAAAUAUCAUUUGAGAAACCUGUAUCUAACAAUACAUACAUUACAGAGGGAAGUAAUUUUAUAAUAAUUACAGGACCAAAUAUGAGUGGAAAGUCAACCUAUCUAAAACAGAUAGCGCUCUCUCAAAUUAUGGCACAAAUUGGAUCUUUUGUCCCAGCAGAAUAUGCUUCCUUUAGAAUUUCUGAACAGAUAUUUACUAGAAUAGGUAUGGAUGAUGAUAUAGAAACAAAUUCAUCAACGUUCAUGAAGGAGAUGAAAGAGAUAUCAUAUAUCAUACAAAAUGCCAAUGACAGAUCACUUAUCAUAAUUGAUGAACUUGGCAGAGGUACCAGUACCGAAGAAGGCAUUGGCAUAUGUUAUGCAGUCUGUGAAUAUCUUCUGAAAUUAAAGGCAUUUACGCUCUUUGCUACUCAUUUCUUGGAAUUAUGUCAGAUUGAUGUCUUGUAUCCCAAUGUGGAAAACAACUACUUUGAAGUACAGCAUGUGAGAAAGAGUUCUGGCAAUAUGGAGAAAAUUUCUUAUACUUAUAUUCUUUCUAAAGGACACACAGAGGAAAAGAAUUAUGGGUUAAGAGCUGCAGAGGUGUCUUCUCUUUCACCAUCAAUAAUAUUGGAUGCAAGAGAGAUUAUAAUACUUGUUGCUAGACAAAUGUUGCAGCAACAAAGAAGUACUCCAGAAACAUUAAAAGAGCGAGCUAUAUAUCACUUAGGGAAUAGGUUGGUUCAGACAGCACGGAACUCCCGACUGGAUCAAGAAAGCUUGCGAAUAUACCUGAAAGGACUGAAGAAAAUGUAUGAGACUGAUUGCAUUAUUUCUGAACAAUUAUCUACUGAAAGCCAGUAG